AUGACAUAUCUAAGGAACUUAGUUCACGGACAAGCAUAUUCCGCAAUUAAUGGUCUCUCACUUUCAAACGAAAAUCAUACUAUUGCGCUGGAUAUUUCAAAACAACGAUUUUCAAAUAAACAAUUAACUGUUUCCUUUUAUAUGAAGAAACUUGAUCGAUUAAACAACAUAAAAAAUGUUAAUUCUUUGAGAAAACUUUUAGAUACUGUAGAGAUUCAAAUACGUAGCUUAGAGAAUAUUGGUAUUGAUUCUUCGAUGUAUGGGUCUUUACUUGUCUCAAUUAUGCUUGAAAAACUUCCCGAGGAGCUAAACUUAAUUAUAAGCCGUAAACUAAAUGAAGAUGAAACUUGGGAUAUUAAAGAUGUGUUCAAUAUACUAAAAGCUGAAUUGAGAGCGCGUGAACACAUCAGUUCUUCUGAUUUAAAUACUUUACCCUUUACUGCUAGUACGUUUCAUUCGAGUAACAAUUCAAGUAAUAAAUAUGAUAAAAGAAAUUUGAAUUACAAACGAAAUGAUACUCAUUCACCCGUGUGUGUAUUUUGCGAAAUACACACACGGGUGAUAUAUAAUAAUAUAUCACCCGUGUGUGAUAUAUUAUUAUAUAUCACCCGUGUAAAUAACCACAAAUCCCAUCAGUGUAAAUUAGUAACUAACAUUACGGCUAGGAAAAAGAUAAUAAGUGAUAAAAAAUGUCGUUUUCGUUGUCUUAGUAAUAAACAUUUUAGCAACAAGUGUUCAUCAAAAUUAAAGUGUUUUAAAUGUAAUCGUUAUCAUCAUGUAUCAAUUUGUGACAGUGACAACAGAGAUAAGUAUAACAACAAUAUGAGAGAUAAUAACAAAGACGGCGAGUUGACUUCAGUCGCAAGUACAUCAUUUCUUUCUGCUUCUAAAUCUGUUAUUCAAUCGACUGAAACCGUUUUAUUACAAACAGCCCUAGCUACUGUUAAAAGUCAAGAUCAUGCUAGAUUUGCUACACGUCGAAUAUUAUUUGACAAUUAUUCGCAGUUGAGCUACAUUACUCCUGAGACAUGUGUCAAACUUAAACUAAAGCAUAUUGAUAGUAAAGAAAUUAACAAUAAAACAUUUGGGCAAGAUAUAUGUUCUCCUUUGAGUGGGCAACAUUUUAAUAUAGCAUGGAAUAGUUAUAAACAUCUUAAGGGUUUUAGAUUAGCCAAUUAUAAUAAUUCUAAAGAAAAUUUAUCAGUUGAUAUCUUAAUAGUUAAUAGAGAUCAAAUUGAUAAUUCGACUGUUUUGUCCUCUCAUGUGUUGAAGGUCGCGUCAAAUUUUAAUAGUGAGCAAAUUUUAAUUAAGAAUGAUUUAAAUUUAUUAUGGGAUGAUUCCAAAAUUAGCGAGUGUGAUAAGACUGUUUAUGCAAAAUUUCAGAAAAAUAUUAAAUUUAAUGGUACUAUGUAUGAGGUCGAAUUGCCAUUUAAAGUAGAUCAUCCAGUGAUAGGUGAAAAUUAUAAUUUAUGUAAGUCGAGAUUUUUAGCAUUAGAGAAAAAAUUUGCAAGCGAUAGAGAUUUAUUUUCGUCUUACAAUAAUAUUAUUAAGGAUCAAUUAUCUAAAGGCAUUAUUGAAAAAGUCUCUAAUUUUGAAGGUAAUAUUGGUGACGUUCACUAUUUACCUCACCGUCCAGUAAUACGCAAAGAUAAGCUGACUUCAAGAGUACGUAUAGUUUUUGAUGCAAGUGCUCGCACAUCCGGUCCUUCGUUAAACGAGUGCUUGUUUUCAGGACCAUCUCUAACAACUUCAUUAUAUAGUAUACUUUUACGUUUUCGUGCGAAGCGAAUUGCUUUAAUUGCUGACAUUGAGAAAGCAUUUUUAAACAUUGCAAUAGCUGAAAAGCAUCGAGACUUUGUAAGAUUUAUAUGUGAAAGGAUUCCCGCGGAUAUUAUAUCUCGUGGUUGUAAAUUUAGUACCUUUCAAAAUAAUGACCUUUGGUUAAAAGGUCCUAGUUUUUUAUUCAAUAGUUUAAUUUCCUGGCCUUCAUUUGAUUUAAGCAAACAAGGAGAUUCUUAG